UCAGAGAUCUGUUUCACCUGGUGACUGGAAGAGCACACCACAGCUCACAGAGCUGUCUCCCAGUCCUUCUUUGAGAGUCCAGUUGGUGUGCAAGUCCACAAGACAGCAGAGAGUCAAGACAGCAUUCUGAGGAGCCUGUCCUGGUGAGAACCCAGAGAACUGCCACCUUCACAGCAACCAUGGGAGAGAAUGCUGGUGGUGAUCAGGUCAAAAAGAAUCUGAUUGAACUGAGUUGUCACUUCACAUGGGAGCUGCUGUUGGAAGAAAUUGACAUACCUGAUUUGGAAACAAGGAUCUCUGAGGAGCUUGCAUUCCUAGACAUCAAGGACAGAGUGGGAAUGCUCAACCUCAGGGCCUAUGUGAAACACCUGAAAGGCCAGCAUGAGGAAGCCCUGCAGAGCUUGAAAGAAGCAGAAACCUUGAUCCAGGGAGAGCAGUUGUACAAGAGAAGCCUGGUUACGUGGGGCAACUGUGCCUGGGUGCAUUACCACAUGGGCAGCCUGGCAGAAGCCCAGACCUACCUGGACAAGGUGGAGAACACAUGCAAGGAAUUGGGCAGUCCCUACCGCUAUAGGAUGGAGUGUCCUGAGAUGGACUGUAAACAAGGCUGGGCCUUGCUGAAGUGUGGAGGACAGAAUUAUAAACGAGCCAUGGCCUGCUUUGCAAAGGCUCUGGAAGUGGAGCCUGAAAACCCUGAAUACAACAUUGGCUAUGCUACUGUAGCCUAUCGCAUAGACUGUGAUGACAAUAAUAUCUCUCUAGAACCCCUAAGGAAGGCUGUAAGGUUAAAUCCAGAAGAUCCAUUUAUUAAAGUUUAUCUUGCCCUGAAGCUUCAGGAUGUAGGAGAAGCAGCUGAAGCAGAAACACACAUCGAAGAAGCUCUCAGUAGCACAUCCUGCCAACACUAUAUCUUUCGAUAUACAGCCAAGUAUUACAGAAGGAAAGGCUGCCUAGACAAGGCUCUCCAUCUGCUACACAGGGCCUUGCAGGCGUCACCUGCCUCUGGCUACCUGCAUUACCAACUAGGGCUCUGCUACAAGCAAAAAAUGAUCCAACUGAAGACAUCCAGAAAUGACCAGGCCAGAAGGCAGGGUAGUGUGCAGAAAUUGGCACAACAGGCCAUUUGUGAAUUUCAAGAGACUGUGAAUCUCAGGCCCAGGGAUGAGAUGGCUUAUGUUUUCAUGGCUGAAGUGCAGGCAGAAAUUGGCCAAUAUGAAGAAGCAGAGGCAAAUUUCCAGAAGGCACUGAACAUGAAGAAUCUUGAGUGUCACAUAGAGCAGGAUAUUCAUUUCCGCUAUGGCCGUUACCAACAAUUUCAUCAGAAAUCAGACGACAAGGCGAUCACCCACUACUUAAAAGGUCUGAAAAUAGAAGAAAAGACCUUUGCCUGGAGGAAACUACUCACAGCUUUGGAGAAAGUGGCCACAAGACGUGCUCGCCAGCAUGUUCGACUUGUGGAGAGCACCAGCUUGCUUGGGUUAGUCCACAAACUGAAUGGGGACAAGGAGGAUGCCCUGCAGUUCUAUGAGAGGGCUCUGAGGCUCACUGGGGGAGUGAACCCUGAGUUCUGAAUGCAGCUCACCUCUGAGAAGUGAAUGUACUCAUAACUGAGGGUUCCCGGCUUCCUUCCCAGUUUCUUUCUCCAAACUCUUUUCAUCCCUCAUUGUGGUGUCUAUGAGGAACUUCCACCCCACUACAUCUUCUCACUUACUGACCAGGACUGACCCCUGCUGAUCUGCACUCCCUUGAGCUGUGGGAUCCUAGGACAUCUUUUCCUUAUGUCUGUGUUUUGGGAAUGAAAGUCUUCCAUCUUCUGCCUGCCAAUGUCCUGGACAAAGAGGUCUUCUCCAAGGAAGCUUUUACUUUAAGUCACCAGUUACUUUUACUACAGUGCAGUGUCAGAGGAAUCCAAAUGAGCAAAGGAGAGAGUUUGCAAGCUGAGAGGUCUCCCCUUACUGCAGAAUUAUUCACAGCUAAUAAGAGCCUUAAGUUUAGGGAAAGCCAAGCAAAGAAAACUUGCCAGGACAUUACAGACAGAGGAUGAUAUAAGGAGAUUUGUGCACUUUCGGUUGUGGGAGCUCGUUUUCAGGUUACUCAUGGCUUUACCCAGCAGAUCCACAUAGGAGGAUGAUUAGGACCAAGGGCCUGAAUACUGGUGUCUGAGAUGGUCUGCACUUGACUUGCUGGGGAGAGGUCUUUUGCUCCACCCCUUGGUGUCUGUAUAAAUACCCUGGUGCAGAGACAGUCAGGGCCCGUUGGAAUAGGUUCUAGGCCCUCUCAAGGCUCUCCUUCAUUUUCUAUCUGUUCAUCUCCACAUUCUAAACCCUUUUAUCUAAUAUUUCCUGCUUCUCACACUCAGGAAACUCUGGGGAACUGUGGGGUUAGUGAGUAAACACCCCGCAGAAUGGUGCCAUGAACAGGGACUAAGAAAAAAAAGCGAGGGAGACGAAAGACAAAUUAACAGGGACUAAAGACAAAGAAUAGGGACUUAAAACAAAGGAAAAUAAUAGUUUUAAUACAGAGUUUUUGGCGAAAGUGCUGAGUCAGACUCUGACAGUGGAAAAAGAAAGGGGCAUGUCUGGUGUAAUAAAUAUGAAAUAUGAAUAUUAAAAAGGGGCAUGGGGUUUUAUCCUCAAGAGUAAAGGAAAAAACUGACUGGAAGAUUGUCCGAUGCUGCAGCGCAAAAAUCUCCUCUAUCAAAUUUUCUAUCUUCUAUCUCUUUUUUAAUUUCUAUGUGUGAAAAAUAAGUAUAAGUUAUAGUGUAGUAAUAUAGUGUAGAAAAAACUUAGAAGUAUAAGAUUGUGUAGAAAAAAUUUAAGAUAAGUAAGGCAACUAGACAGAAAAACUCAAUUUUCUAACUUUGGGGGCUAUUAACGCAAACUGGGGGGAGAAAUCUUUCUUUGAGCUUUAUGGGUAGUAAAAAAAAAAAAAAAAAAGCUCUUCUUUGAGCUUCGGGCAGAAAAGAAAAAGAAAAAAGUUUCCUAUGGAAGCUUUAGGCCUGGGGACAGCUAAAGUCCAAGGGGCAGGAGAAAAGUGAUUUCUUCCAGAGGCAAAAAUGCGGGGGUAAGAAUCCAAUUAGUUUAAAGUUCAAAGCUUUGUGAAAAGUUGGUCUUUUUCUCUUGGGGGAAAAAAUCUUUUUCUUAAACUAAAAGCUUUUCUUGGAAAUUUUGGGCAAAAAUAUCUCUAUAAAAAGCCUUAAUCUUUCUCUCUCAAACUAAAAGCUCUCUUUAAAAACUUAAAAACUAAAGCCUUUGACUUUCUCAGAAGGACAAAAAAUAGAAUCACCUGAAGAUUUUAGCAUGGGAAUCACCUGUGAUUAGCUCUAAGGGAAAGCAACAAACCUCUUAAGACAGCAAAACCUCUAAGUUCUGUCUUUCAAGCUUUAAAAAUCCUCCUUGCAAUGCAGGAGGCAGGGAUGGAGUUCCUAAAAAUCUCUCUUCUAAGCUCUGUCUCUUCAAGCUAGUAAAAGACAGUGAGUCAGAGUUAAGGUUCCAUCUUGCAGUCUGGGGACAGUAGGAGAAUAAAGAGGCUUCCAGACUGCUGAGGAGUUUGAGAUUUUGUUUCUAAGUUUCAACAAUGUUUUCAGACCUGUUGAAAGCUGCAGGUCUAGAAUCCCAUUCCAAUUUAGACAACUAUCUUCUCCUGUUGGGAAGUUGAGUUUCCAGUUAAGCAAUUCAGAAACAGAAUAUUCCUUACAAGGUUUUUCUCUUCUCUUUUCUUUCUUUUGAGUUUGCUGUAAACUGAUGUAACUCUUAAUAGUUGUUAUAAAGGAUCUGAAAUGCAUAGCAACAGAAGACACUAAGUCCCAGAACUAAGAGAGCCAUUAAAGAAUUAUACUCAUUUUAAUCUAUCAAGAACUUUCAGAAUAUCAAAGCUGUCUAUAAGCUCUGAACUUUAGAAAUGAUAUGCGUACUUCCUCUCUACUUAAGAGAAUCUUCUAAUAGAGAUAAUGAUAAUAAUUAAGUAAGAAGUAGACAAUUAUUCUCUCUUAUUAGAAAAUGUUAAAUCUCUAAGUGUGAAGAAAUCUUUAGGUGUUUGCUAAGUUAGAUAUAUGCUAAUGGUAGCCCUGUAGAGUUUGCUUAAUAGUUCUUAUGAAUAUAAGUGUGUAAAAUAGAUCUAUAAUUAAAUAAGUACAAGUAAUAUAAACAUGUGAUAGAUCUAUAAAAUAAGCUUGCAAGAAGUAAAGAUGCUAGUUGUAAAUGUAAGUUUAAAUAAGAAUAUAGAAUGAAUAUAAGAAGUAAAUGAGAAAUAUAUUUGCUAAAGUAGUUCUAUAGUUUCCUUAAGGAGUAUAAAUAAGUAGAUGUUAAUAUGUUAUAUGUGAGUUUGUAAAAAAGUGUAAAUGUUGAAUGUGAGUCUAAAUGCUUGGUAAGAUACGUUAUAUGUGAGUUUGUAAAAAAGUUUAAAUGUUAAGUGUGAGUCUAUGCUUAAUGUACAUGGUGUAAAAAAAAAAAAACUGAGACACAGAAGUUAGUGUCCUAGCAGACUGCAAAGCAGGCAGUCUGAGUGGUUUUCAAAAGCUCCAGAAGCCACUAAGAAGCUAAGAAUGGUGGAUGCCAGAACCAGCACAACAACACAUCCCCAGUUGGGAUCCUAAGGAAAAUCAAGGCAACACAGAAAAACCUGAGCUAACAACAAAAACGGUGCAGUUUAAAAUAUUACUGUAACUAAAAAGGCCCUGGAUUGAGAAUGAAAGUUACAAACACACUUGUUUGAACUAAAAUUGUUAACUGCAAAAAGUUUUGGUUGUAAAACGUCUCUUCAUAUCUGGAAGUGAAAGUCUAAUACCAGAAUUUACUUUUCUUGAACUUAAAAAAAAACGAGAAAAUUACAAAAAGAUUUGUUAUGGAUUUCUUCAUAUUUGGAAGGCUAGUACUAGAAUUUAUUUGAAUUUUGGAAUUUAAGAAAUGAAAUGAACAAUAGUGAUUUCAUUGCAAUGGGACAAUUUUGAAUUUACUUAUGGUGAUGACUUAGGAACUGUUUUCUGGAAUUAUUUGUGUUAAAAAUGGAACUGUUUAAAUGAAGAAAUUUAUUGUUUCUACCUAGAGUCAAGAUGCAGUUUUGUGUAUGCAUAUAUGCUUUAUUGACUGGUGAUUCAUGAAUUGUUUUAAGGAACUGUUUAAGUAAAAAUGAAAUUACUUAUGGAACUGGUUUUGUGUUACAAAUGAAACUGUUUAAAUGGAAAAGUUUGGGUUUGCUAACUAGGCUUGAGAUUUUGCUUAAAAAAUUAUAAAGAAAAGGGAGAGUUAAUAUUCCUUACUUUAUUUAAUUUAAAACUUUUCUUAUUUGAGUGGAUUAAUGUUAUGUUUUGUUAGUGAGAAAUGCAAAUGGAUAUGUUAAGAUUACUUUAAAGUGUAAAGAGUUUUAUUAAACCGCUUUUGGAUGUUUUGCUAAAAGUUUUCAAAGUGUUAAUGGUUAGAUUGAGAAUAUAGCUUUUCAAUAUGGGUUUAUAGGAAUUGUGUAAGUUUGGGUUUUUCUAACUAAGUUUGAGAUUGUUUAAAAAAUUUUACAAAGAAAAGGAGGAGUUAUGAUUGAGUUAAGGUUGAAUGUAUGUUUGCAGAAAUUAUGUUAAUUUAUUGAUAUUAAUGUACCCUGGUUUUGUGUAGUUAAGGAAAUAUUUAAGUUUGACAUAAAAAAUCAGAAGUUUUUCCUAUGUUCUGUUAGCAAGAAAAUUCAAAUGAUUCUAUUAAGAGUUAAAGUUGUCAUGAUUCAGGAUUUUAAAUUCUGGAAAUUGUUGUUGAUUUUUUAAUUCAGCUGUCCAUUCUUGGCUGUGUAUAUAUGGCUUCAUCUUAACAUCCCGUUCUUCUCCACA